CUCAGGGAGCGGAGCGCCUGAGAUCCAACGCGCGGAUCUGGCGACUCUUCCUCCAGCCCCUGUUCGGGCGCGCCUCGCUUCAGACCCGGCGCUGGAAUUCAUUAAAUACUACUAAGGAAUACAGGCACCAUGUUCUACACACAUGUGCUUAUGAGUAAGCGAGGGCCAUUGGCCAAAAUCUGGCUUGCAGCUCACUGGGAGAAGAAACUCACAAAGGCCCAUGUAUUUGAAUGUAAUCUAGAAAUAACCAUUGAAAAAAUUCUUUCACCUAAGGUGAAAAUUGCACUUCGAACUUCAGGACACCUUCUUUUGGGAGUUGUUCGAAUCUAUAAUAGGAAGGCAAAAUAUCUUUUGGCAGAUUGCAGUGAAGCAUUGCUUAAAAUGAAGAUGACAUUUCGCCCAGGACUGGUUGACCUUCCAAAAGAGAAUCUCGAAGCAGCUUACAAUGCGAUCACAUUGCCAGAAGAAUUUCAUGAUUUUGAUCCCCAAAAUGUGAAUGCUAUUGAUGUUUCAGAACACUUUACUCAGAACCAAAGCAAACCAGAAGAAAUCACACUUAGAGAAGAUUAUGACAAUGAUCUACUUUUCCACGCUGGGAACUUUGAGGAGGAACCUGAAAUUCUCAGAAGACAUAGCUUCUUUGAUGACAACAUAUUGCUAAAUUCCAGUGGUCCUUUAGUUGAACAAAGUUCUGGAAGCCUCAUUGGAGAAAUAUUUCUGUUCUAUGACAGUGGAGAUGGAUUUGGAGAUGAAGGGGCUGCAGGAGAAAUGAUUGACAAUCUAUUGCAAGAUCAGAAUAUCCUGUUAGAAGACAUGCAUUUAAAUAGAGAAAUUUCCGUGCUUCCUGAGCCUCCCGAUACUAUAGUGGUAGAACCAGAUAAUCCAGAGUGUGUAUGUCCACCUGAAAAUGAAAAGAUGGAUGAAACCACAUUAUCAAAUGAAGAGGAAGGAUUUACCCUUGACCCAAUUGAUACUUCAGACAUUGCCAAAAAAAGAAAAGGCAAAAAGAGGAAAUUGCUCAUAGAUCCAGUCAAGGAGAUCAGUAGCAAAAUUAUGCAUAGACAGCUUACUUCCUUUACGGACACACUCAUGGUUUUGGAACUUGCACCUCCUACCCAAAGGUUGAUGAUGUGGAAGCAGAGGGGAGGGGCAGACACACUUCUGUCAACUGCUGCCCAGGAUCUGACUCAUGCUGAACUGAAAAUGUUGUUUACAAAAUGCUUUGUGUCCUCUGGCUUUAAACUUGGAAGAAAAUUGAUGCAGAAGGAGUCAGUAAGGGAAGAAAUGGGAAGCAAAAACAUAGUAGAGACCUCCAUGAUGGAAGAGCCAAAUUCCCUGCAAGAGUUAAGUCAAUCCAAAACUUGGAAGGAAGCGACUGAUGGAUCUAAGUGUAGCUAUCGUGAGGAUACCAAUAAAAAUAUUAACUCUGAUGAUAUUGCUGAAAUGGUAUCUUCAGCUGCUGAGGAAUCAUCUUUAAUGAAUGCCAUCUUAGCACAAGAAAUUGAAAAUUGUCCAAUUGAAUUGGAGUCAUUGGGGAAUGAACAAAAUAUUGAGGCAGAGAGAUGGAAUCGGAGAAUACGUCAGAUGUUAAAUAGCUUGCGGGAAUCCAACAAGAUGGGAAUGCAGUACUUUAGUCUGAUGAAGCUCUGCAGAAAUAAUGACCGAAAACAAGCUGCAGCCAAAUUUUAUAGCUUUCUUGUCCUAAAAAAACAGCGAGCUAUUGAGCUGAGCCAGAGUGCUCCCUAUGCAGAUAUUAUAGCUACAGUGGGACCAAUGUUCCAUAAAAUGUGA